AUGUUUCGAAGUAGAUCAAAAAGUGUAGCGAUAUCAAAAAGUUCUGAUGGUAAAGGUGGUACUGUAAAAGCUGGAAGAGGUCAUGGGUCCACCGUCCGACUGCCCGUCUAUCUUCGUGAGCAAAUCAUGGCCGACUCUAAAGCUUAUACAAUGGAGGACGCGUGGAUUCGAUGUGUUUUUUGUGGGGGUGGAAGUGGAAAGCAAAGCAGAGACAUCAGAGAUUGGAUUGAAUUGGAUGACAAAUCUGGAAAGAAUCUGAAAUAUCAAGAUUCCGGAAGAUUAAUCAGAGCAUCUGGAGCAUGUGGAUUGGGAAGAUUGAUUUCACGGUUUACGGAAGAGUCGGUGAUGGAACAGCCUCAGCCGGCUACCAAUCUCAAUUUGGGACUUGGUGACCACGGUCAACUGAGUCCCAAGCAAUGGCUUCAACAGUAUCAGAAAAAGUGUCAAAAAGAUCCGCCGUGUCUGCCGAGUUGUUCCACAUCUAGCUCUUGCUCAACGAGCACAUCGUCCGGAUAUCCCCUAGGCACGGUCUACGAAACAAUCGGAGAUGAUAUGCCGUCGGUUUGGCAUUGCGCCAAAUAUAUCAACAUCCCAUACCGUUCGAAGCUCACCGAGCGCAUCGAGCCAGGACAGACUCUGAUCAUUCGUGGAAAGACCAUCGAUGAAUCCAAGAGAUUCAACAUCAAUCUCCACAAGGACUCUCCAGACUUCUCUGGAAACGAUGUUCCACUUCAUCUCUCGAUUCGUUUCGACGAGGGAAAGAUCGUCUACAACGCAUACACCAAGGGAACCUGGGGAAAAGAAGAGCGUGCCAAGAACCCAAUCAAGAAGGGAGAAGCUUUCGACAUCCGUAUCCGUGCCCACGAUUCCAAGUUCCAGGUUUCGAUCAACCAUAAGGAGGUGAAGAACUUCGAACACCGUAUCCCACUCAACUCGGUCUCUCAUUUGUCGAUCGAUGGGGAUGUUGUUCUCAAUCACGUUCAAUGGGGAGGAAAGUACUAUCCAGUCCCAUACGAGAGCGGAAUUGCUGCUGAUGGUUUGGUUCCAGGAAAGACCUUGGUCGUCUAUGGAACUCCAGAGAAGAAGGCUAAGAAGUUCAACAUCAACUUGUUGAAGAAGAAUGGAGAUAUUGCUCUUCACUUCAACCCACGUUUCGACGAGAAGAGUGUCGUCCGUAACUCGCUCGUCAACGGAGAGUGGGGAAACGAGGAACGCGAGGGAAAGAAUCCAUUCGAGCGUCUCACAGCUUUUGAUUUGGAAAUCAGAAACGAGGAGUUCGCUUUCCAAAUCUUCGUCAACGGAGAGAGAUUCGCUUCAUACGCUCAUCGUGUUGAUCCACACGACAUCGCCGGACUCCAAAUCCAGGGAGACCUCGAAUUGACGGGAAUCCAAGUCGUCAACAACCAGGUGGCUCAGGAAUAA